AUGCCACUCAAACAUAUUAUGUGCCGGGGCACACCCUACGAGAUCGGAUACCUUCAUGGUACCAAUGCACGAGACGAGAUAGCCCGAGCCGUGGAGUUCUACGCCAAACUUUUUAUGAAGCAUAGCAAACUUUCAUGGCCAGAGGUUCAAGCCUUAGCCAGCGACUUUGACGGUGUGAUCCAAUCGAAAUGGCCGCGAUACUAUCAAGAGCUCAAAGGUUGGGUCCUCCGAUGGCAUCAUGCGACGGAGACGCUGAUAUGCUAUGUCGCCACAGGAAUCGCCGAUGGAGCAGGCCGUCAACUAAACGAUAUAAUUGCCUUGAAUGUCCGCACAGAAAUCGUCUUUGGUCAGUUCAGUGAUGGAUGCACAAGCCUUUAUUACCGGGGUGAUGGUAGUGUCUAUAUGGGCCAGAACUGGGAUUGGAUGGAGGAGCAAGCAGUCAACCUGAUCCACGUUACCAUCGUCCAAGAUGCUCUACCAACCAUCGAAAUGAUCACGGAGGCAGGAAUGAUUGGUAAAAUUGGACUCAACGACUGUGGUGUAGGAGUCUGCUUCAACGCAAUCCGCGCCAAAGGAAUGGACAAGUCACGGGUGCCCGUCCAUCUGGGUCUUCGUAUCGCUUUGGAGAGUAAAUCCACCGUUGAAGCGGUAGAAUCUUUGGAGGGGAUCGGAAUGGCGAGCCCAGGGCACUUUUUGAUCGGGGAUCCUACGACUGCUGUCGGUCUGGAGUUCACCUCGACCACGAUCGCUCGCGUUCCAGUUAACAAGGAGGGGUUUGUGGUGCACUCAAACCACAUGCUUCUUCCUCACGCGGGUAUCUAUGAGUCCAAGUGGCUUGAGGACUCUCCGGUACGCAUAAAAACUAUGGAAAAUAACAUUCGUGCAUCACCACAACCCUUAUCGUGGCCGUCCUUUUGCAGCUUGUUUGAGGACGAGAGCAACUACCCCACGGGGAUCUGCAGGGCGUGUGGUGGAGAUGGCGAUAUCGCGACGUUGUUCAAUAUCGUCAUGGAUUUGAAUGGUCCAAAAGGGAUCAUCCGAAUGGGCCGGCCUGUUCGUGGUGAGCAGACAGGGGAACGAGUUGAGCUUAGAUUUGAUAACCAGAAAUAG